AUGUUGAUGGCCCAGAGAAUAGGUGAUGACUGGAGAAGAUGCAGUCGCUGCGAGGCUCUCCCGGUGCAGCGCCACGUGAGCCGCGCGGAGCGGAGUCCGAUUGAAGAGCAUCCGCGGCCAGAGCACCUGGCGGGUACCCGUACGAGAGAUCCUUUGCAGGGCGUGCCAGCAGGCGGGAAGCUGGUGCUGUCGGCGGAUUGUGGAGGGACCACUACCAGGUUGAUGCUGUACUGCGUGAACUGGACGGACCCCGUGGAGAAGAAGCGCCGCGCGCCGGGCACGCUGAUCCGCGAGGAGAAGUAUCCCAACAUCGCCUUCAAGUCCUUGCAGGACAUCAUCAAAACCUUCCUCUUCCAGGAUUGCGCGCUGCCAGAGGAUGCGCAUCCCACGGUGGCCGUGAUGGCGGUGGCUGGAGUGAUCCUCAACAACCAGUGCCGCUUUACCAACUUAGACUGGAAGGUGAACGGCUACGAGUUGGAGUCCGAGCUGAAGAUCGGCAAGGUGGAACUCAUUAACGACUUCGUGGCGCAGGGCUAUGGCAUGCUCACCUUGGCCGAUGAUGAGGUGACGCGCUUGAACGACGUGGAGCCUGAAGAGCAUGGCACCAUUGCGUGUGUGGGCGCCGGUACGGGUCUGGGGCAAUGCUUCUUGGUGGCGGACCAGAAGACGGGCGAGUAUCGCUGCUAUCCUAGUGAAGGGCAGCACGGAGAGUUCGGGCCGCGCGGCGCGGGCUCGGACGAGCUGAAGCUGGAGUUGCUCAAGUACCUGAAGAUCAAGUUCUCCAACGCCGGGAACCGCAUCUCCACCGAACGGGUGGUCUCAGGAACAGGUAUUUGCAACAUCUACGAGUUUUUAGCCUACAAACAUCCGCAUGAGGUGGAUGAAGAGGUGCAUCAGCUGCACAAUGAGCGGCCCAAGGAUGCAGGACUCAUCGCCAUGAAUGCGACACCGGGCUCCUUGUGCGAGAAAACCUUGAAGAUCUUCUCCGACGCCUAUGGUGCCCAAUGCGCCACCUUCGCCCUCUAUGUGCAGCCCUUCGGAGGCAUCUACAUCACCGGAGGCGUCACCAAGAAGAUGCGUGAGUGGCUGCUGUCAGAAGGUUCCUUCAUGAAGGCCUACUACGACAAAGGCCGCUUGACGCCGGUGCUGCACCGCGUACCCUUGAUGAUCGUCAACAGCGACGACAUGGGGCAACGCGGCGCUCACCUGCGUGCUGUGAUGCUCUUGAAGUCUGAGGUGGAAGUACAAGCUAGGCGCCUCUUCGAUGCCUUGGAUGUGAACAAGGACGGUGUGCUCCUCCUGCCAGAGCUCGAGGGCCUCUUCGAAAUGGCCGGGAACAAGGUCGGUCCGCACAGGAGCGAGAUGGCGCAGCGGCUGAUGGAAGACUUGGACUCCGACAAGAAUGGCGUCGUCUCCUUUGCGGAGUUCCUGAAAGGCUACAACCACCUGCCCUCUCGGAUGAUCUCGGAGUCUGCCUUCCUGCACGAUCCCAACGAUCCUCACAAGCAGGAGCCGCCCAUGGAGUCCUCCGAACUGGUCUCUCCGCCCGACCGGGGCAAUGACCCCGACAGCCAGCUGGCCUUGGCCGAGGAGCUGCGGAAGUUUCAGAGUAAGGAGAGGCGCCAGGCCAUCGAUCCCUUCAAGGACUCGCAUGCGCCACUCUUCCAGACCAGGCUCUACAAGCGGCUCUAUGACAGCGACCCCGCACGUGAGGACUCCUGGCUUCAUCGUGUCUACUGGGUGAGCAACUCAGGUGGCAUCAACUACCACAGUGUCACUGAGGGAAAGGCCUUGCAAUACAUUGCUCCUGAGCAAGUGGCCGACAUCUCUUUCCGCGCGGUGCCGGAUGAGAAGCGCUCCUGCAAGAAGCAUCGCUUCAUCAUCGAGCCCCCGCCCGACGUGGACCGACCGCAGCCGGCCACGGAAUUUGCAGCUCCAUCUGCAGAUAUUCUGGAGCUUUGGAUGAUCGAGUUGGAGGCGUUGAAGCAAAAGGCCCAAGCCGCCAAGGAGCGGAAGCGCCGACGCUGA